AUGAGCUCAACAAUAUCUUUUGGCGGUGUCAAUUCCGGAAUCCAGACUGGAAUCAAUAAUGGCACGAUCAAUAAUCACGCUCAUGUGACAGACCCUCUAGACAAGCUGCCCAUUGCCCAUGGUGCCAAAUUUAACUCGUAUGCAGACCAACAUGAAGAUGAAUGUCUUCCAGGCACAAGAGAUGAGCUUCUCGAAAGCAUAGAACAAUGGGUUCUGUCACCACACGGAAAAUGCAUAUAUUGGCUGAAUGGCAUGGCAGGGACGGGAAAGUCGACGAUCUCUCGCACCGUUGCAAGGUCAUUUCGCCAACAGGACGUGGUGACCGCUUGCUUCUUCUUCAAAAGAGGUGAAGAGGAUCGAGGAAAUGCUAGGAAGCUUUUUUCCACGAUCACUCGACAAUUAGCAGCAAGCGUCCCUGGCAUUGUUCCGAGUCUCCACGAAAUAAUCGAAAGCGAUCCUGAUAUUGCCGCGAAAUCGAUGAGAGAACAAUGGACUACAAAUCUCUACUCGGCCCCAGGUGUGGUUGCUGUCGUGAUUGACGCAUUGGAUGAAUUGCAAAAUAUUGGCUCUAUACAAUUUCGAAUCUUUCUCACCAGUCGACCUGAGUUGCCGAUUCGCUUGGGCUUUUCGAAAAUUGCGAAACAUGAGUAUCAAGACCUAGCACUUCAUGAGAUGCCCGAAGCUGCGACAACACAUGCUAUCACCUUGUUCUUUGAGGACCGAUUCAAAAUGAUCAGGGACGCGAAAAAUGUCCCUAUCGAUUGGCCGGGCAAUGACAGAAUUCAAGCUCUUGUGAAAAUCAAGUUGGAUCCUGAGGAAUCUCUCAACAAUCUCCUUGAGGACCGAGCCAAAUAUGCAACGAGAAUGGACAAGACGUACCUACCGGUUCUUAUGCAACUGUUGAAUGGCCACGAUGAGGAGGAUGCGCAAGAAUUGCUGCAAAGUUUCCAACAGAUUGUCGGCAUUAUAAUCCUUCUUGCUGUUCCCCUUUCCGUCAACGAGCUUUUAAACUUUAUCAGCAUCAAAGCAAGAGAAAUUUUGAAUCUUCUAGAUAAUUUCCGGUCCGUUGUCAACUUGCCAAGCGAUCAAAAUUUGCCAGUCAGAAUCUUUCAUUUAUCGUUUCGAGACUUCUUGGUCCAAUCCAAGAGCCAAUUUCGAGUGAACGAGCCUGCAAAGCAAAGGGAGAUUGCUCUGAACUGCCUUAAACUUAUGCGCAUGCAUUCGAAGAAGGAUAUUUGCAAUUUAGAAAGUCCUGGUGCGGAAAGGUCACACAUCGAAGAUGAAAGAAUCCGCCAUCCUUUACCACCGGAACUGCAAUACUCUUGUCGGUACUGGACACACCAUUUUGAGAGGAGUCAGCUCUUACAUUCAGAUAUCGCCAACAUACUAUUAUUCCUCCGAAAGCAUUUCUUGCAUUGGAUGGAGGCGAUGAGCCUGCUGGGCCUCCUAUUGGAAGUGUUAGAUAAUAUUGAUAUCCUCCAGAAGGCUCGCAAUGGUGAUUCUAUAAUGUCUGACUUCCUGUACGACGCAAAGCAAUUUGUUUUGAAAUAUCACUAUAUUGCCGAUAAAGCGCCACUCCAAAUCUAUUGCGCCGGUUUGGUGUUCGCACCUCGAACGUCCAUCAUUCGCACGGAGUUUGAACCAGACCUCCCUAGUUGGAUAAAUCACUUUCCACAAGUCAACGAAAAAUGGAGUGAGGAGCUACUGGUUCUCGAGGGCCAUAGGGGUGGAGUUUAUUCAGUAGCCUUUUCGCCAAAUGGCCGGCUUCUGGCGUCCGGCUCUAGUGAUUGCACAGCGCGGCUCUGGGAUACGGCGACGGGUAGCCUUGUUUAUUCGGUGGCCUUAUCACCCGACGGCCAGUUACUAGUGUCCGGUUCUGAUGCUGUGCGGCGCUGGAAUACAGAAGCAGACUUCUUACAGCAGAGUCGCGAGGACAACUCUUCAAACUCAGUUCUCUCAUUAGCUUUCUCGCCUAAUGGUCGGCUACUGGCGUCCGGCUCUGAAGAUCAUAUGGUGCGGCUCUGGGACACGGCGACGGGUGCCCUGCUGCAGACUUUAUGGGGCCACUCGGACGAUGUUUGGGCGGUGACGUUCUCACCCGAUGGCCGGCUAGCAUCCGGCUCUAGUGAUCGCAUGUUGCUUAUAUGGGAUAUCGAGACGGGUGAAGUACUAAAGUCCCUCCGAGGAGAUUCCUCGAUCACUCUAGUGGCCUUCUUAUCCGAUAGGCAGCUAGCGUCCGGCUCUCAUCACGCAGUGACCAUUUGGGACACGGCAACGGGUGGCCUGCAGCGGACUCUUCAUGGUUCGGAGCCGGUGCCUUCAAUGGCCUUCUCUUCCGAUGGUCGACUAGCGUUUGGCACUGACUAUAAGGUUAUACGGCUUUGGGGCACCGCAACAGGCAACUCACAGCAGACUUUCUACGACCGUAAGUGCGUGAUAGAGUCCGUGGCCUUCUCGCCCAAUGGUCGACUUUCGGUUUCCAGAAAUAGGGAUCACACAAUUCAGCUCUGGGAUACCGUGACAGGUUGCCUGUUGCAAGCUCUAGAUGGCCCUACAGCCUUAGUUAGCCCAUUGGCCUUCUCGCCAAUCUUCUCGCCAAGUGGUCAGUUUCUGGCAUGCGGCUCCUACGAUUCUACCGGUAUAUAUCAUGCGUUUAAGAUAAUGCUCUGGGACAUCUCGAAAAGUUGCCUACUGCAGAUUCUCGAGGGCGAUUCGGGCCUGUUUUUGUCGGCGGUCUUCUCGCCCGAUAGCCGACUGUUGGCAUCCGGAUCUUUGGAUUGCACCGUGCAACUAUGGGACAUAGCGACAGCCAGUCUCCUAAAUACUCUCGAGGGCCAUUCGGGCGGGGUUUUGUCGGUGGCAAUCUCACCCGAUAGCCGACUGUUGGCGUCCGGAUCUACUGAUUGCACAGUGCGGCUCUGGGAUAUAACGACAGGCAGCCUCCUACACACUCUCGAGGGCCAUUCACAGUGGGUUCCUUCGGUGGCCUUCUCACCUGCUGGUGGCAAAGUGGCUUCUAGCUGUUCGUAUCACACAGUGCGUCUUUGGAACACCGUGACGGGAGAAAUUCAAGAGACGUGGAGCUCAGAGGAAGGGAUCAUUCAACUUGAAUUCUCUCAAGAUGACUCACUUCUGAAAGUUUCAAAAAAAGACCAGAUUAUGCGAGCAUCGCUCAGCUUUCGAUCCAAAAAUACCAAUCUCAUCCUAAACUCCCCCAGUUCAAACCUAGAGGUAUCUGCGCAGUUCUCUUCUGAUGACUGGCUUUAUGUAAACGGGAUAAAAUUGUUAUGGAUUCCUCCUGAGUACAGGUCUCUGCUUGGCGCUUUCGCAGUACACUCGAAUAUGAUUGCCCUAGGAAACGAGUCAGGGCAGGUUUCGUUCAUAGGAUUCCAAAGUUCGGGUGUUUUCUGUAACUAA